AUGGCUUCCUUUGAAGAUUCUCCCUUCGCCUCACAUAUCGGGACUAACUACGUUCCAACAGAUACGGAGGUGCUCCAAAUACACGAGUUUCUACAGGACCCAAAGAAAGAGAAAGCGAAACUCGACGAUGAGAUCGCCGAAAUCCAAUCGAAGCUCGAUGCCCUGAAGGCAAAAAGCGAUGCUAUAGUAGCCACAGUGAAGGCUCAUGAGGCCCUCAUAUCCCCCAUUCGCAGGUACCCCGACAUUCUCCAAGAAAUAUUCGUUCACUGCCUCCCGACAGACCACGACGCCGUCAUGAGCGCCUCAGAGGCUCCGUUGCUGCUGACGCGUGUCUGCAGCGACUGGAGACGUCUUGCCCUUGCCACACCCUCCCUAUGGUCCUCCCUCUUCGUAACACUGCCAAGCCCACCUCUUCGACCUUUCGACGAGGACUCAGGAACCGAGCGGCGUCGGACAGAGCGGUUCUUCAGGCGGUUGAAGACCAUUGCGGUAACUGCGGGGGAGUGGUUAGGAAGGUCAGGGAGCUGCCCGCUCAGCAUAUCGAUGGUGGCGGACCAGAUGUCGGAUGGGAACUUCGAAAAUCCAUUCGUCGACGUGCUCGUCCCGUUCUCAUCUAGAUGGAAGAGGCUGAUCAUGCAAGUGAACGAUGGGCCCAGCAUCGCGAAGAUAUUGCAGGUCGCGGCGGCGGACACCCCAAUGCUACAAGAGCUUGUGCUCAACACAGGGGUGUUUCCUUCGACACCUGGAUUCCAGCCUUGUGUGAAAUGGGCGCAGUGUGGGUUGGUACAAGCGCCCAGGUUGCAAAAGCUUGUGUUCUGCAAUUUGACCGAGGAUCUCUCCUUGUUCCACCUCCCGUGGGCACAGCUCACGCACAUUUCUGUCGACGCGUGUAGAAGAAGCUACACAGCCGCUCUCUCGCCGCAAAAGAUAUUCAACAUCAUGGAGCAUGCAGUCUGCCUUGUGUCUGCGCAAUUCGAGGUCGGGAACUUCGACUGGCCGCCCCCCGAGGCGUCAGGGGCGGUCGACCUCACUGUCCACGGGAAUACACCACUUGUCCUUCCAUCCCUUCGUCACCUCUCCAUUCACGCCGGGUCAGAUCCAUCACACCUCUUUCAAGCUCUACGCACUCCUAACCUGCAUGAGUUCGGCUUCUUCUCAACGCGUCUUCCAGGAGAGGGUAUCCCCGAAGUCCUCUCGUUCAUCUCAAGAGCUGACCACCUAACCUCCUUCUCCACCGACCCACGCUGUUUCACCGCGAACGAGAUCCUCGAUUGCCUCCGGCUCUGUUCCUCCGUCACCUGCCUCAAGUUCGGCUUGGGGUUUGUUCCUCACAUCUUCGACAGACACUCUUCUUUCAUGCCACGGGGACCUCCAGCUCUUACUGACGAUGACCUGAUGCAACACCUCACCCCUUCAGAUGACCCCAACAAGACCCACCUGUGCCCGAUGCUGAAAGAAUUUCGGUGUACGUUGAAGGCGUGCUUUUCGGAGGAGGCGCUGAUGAAGUUCGUCACUGCGCGACAAGACCUUGCGAUGAAGGAGGGAUCAUCAAAGCUCGAGCGCGUAAUCGUGGCGUUGCACAUAUUCGUGAGGUGGACGUCUUGA